AUGCUGCUGCUGUGGACAUUUGCAGUGCUCCUGGGAGCAGUAGCUGGACGAGAAGUCUGCUACAAUAGACUCGGCUGCUUUAGUGAUGACUCUCCAUAUGGAGGAACUUUGGAAAGACCUCUCAAAGUAUUGCCCUGGUCUCCAACUCUUGUCAACACCCGCUUCCUUCUGUAUACCAAUGAGAACCCCAACAGUUACCAAGUAAUCACUGCAGAUGCUUCAAGUAUCAGGAACUCUCAUUUCAAAACAAGCAGAAAAACCCACUUCGUCAUUCAUGGAUUCACAGACAAGGGAGAAGACAGCUGGCUGUCCAAUAUCUGCAAGAACAUCUUCCAGGUGGAAAAUGCAAACUGCAUCUGUGUGGACUGGAAAGGUGGCUCUCGAACUGGAUACACUCAGGCUACACAGAAUGUGCAAAUUGUAGGUGCAGAAAUUGCAUAUUUGGUUAAGGCCUUCCAGUCUGACUUUGGAUACUCACCCUCCAGUGUUCACCUCAUUGGCCACAGUCUGGGUUCCCAUGUUGCAGGCGAGGCUGGAAAGAGGUUGAAUGGGGCCAUUGGACGAAUCACAGGGCUGGAUCCAGCUGAACCUUACUUUCAGAAUACACCUGAAGUUGUCCGAUUGGACCCCAGUGAUGCCCAAUUUGUGGAUGUAAUUCACACAGAUUCUGCUCCUAUGAUCCCCAACAUGGGAUUAGGAAUGAGCCAAACUGUGGGUCACUUAGAUUUCUUUCCAAAUGGAGGAAAAGAAAUGCCUGGAUGCCAGAAGAAUGCUCUCUCUCAGAUUGUUGACAUGGAUGGAAUCUGGGAAGGGAGUCGUGACUUUGUGGCCUGUAAUCAUUUAAGAAGCUACAAGUAUUAUACAGACAGCAUUGUCAACCCAACAGGCUUCGCUGGGUUCCCUUGUACCUCAUACAGUGACUUCACUUCAGACAAGUGCUUCCCAUGCCCGAGUGGAGGGUGCCCACAGAUGGGUCAUUACGCUGACAGAUAUUCUGGGAAAACAAGUAGAGUGGGCCAGAUAUUUUACCUAAACACUGGAGAUGCCAGUAAUUUUGCUCGCUGGAGGUACCAGGUAACUGCCACCCUGUCUGGAGAGAAAGUCACAGGACAUGUUCUGGUCUCCCUGUUUGGAAAUGGAGGGAACUCUAAGCAGUAUGAAAUUUUCAAGGGCUAUCUCCAACCUGGAAAGACUCUUACCAGUGAGAUUGACUCUAAUGUGGACGUCGGGGAUGUACAGAAGGUUAAAUUUAUUUGGUAUAACAACGUGAUCAACCCAACCCUACCCAAAGCAGGAGCAUCAAGGAUCACUGUGGAAAGAAAUGAUGGCAGAGUGUUCAACUUCUGCAGUUCCAGCACUGUGAGGGAGGAUGUCCUGCUCACCCUGACAUCAUGUUAA